AACUGUGGGACGAGUUCGAAUUAGAAGACGCGACGUUCGCGGAGUGCAGCAUCAACAACGCGAACCACAGCUUUCAGGUGAUAACAGCGAGUCGGUGCCUGGUGCUGUGCGCGGAGAGCCGCGGCGAGAUGGAGUCGUGGGCGGGGGCGCUGCGCGGCGCUCUGCACCGCGGGGCCGACGUCGCCGACCUGGUCGCCAGGCUUUCUUCGGGCGACCAUCACUGGUACGCGGCGACCCACGCUCGGCCCACGUUCUGCAACGUGUGCCGCGAGCCGCUGGGCGCUCUGGGUACGGCACACGCGCUUGCCUGCGAGUUGUGCAAGUUCAAAGCGCACAAGCGUUGCGCCUCGCGCGCGCCGCCGUCUUGCAAAUGGAGCACACUCGCGUCUCUCGGGCCGCAUCUCGUCGAGGAUCCUGAUGGGAACAUAAUAAUGCCACAUCAGUGGUUAGAGGGCAACCUGCCGGUGGCCGCCAAAUGCGACGUUUGCGACAAAACCUGCGGAUCCGUUCUAAGGCUUCAAGACUUCAGAUGCGUGUGGUGUCGUAAGUGCGUGCACGCAGCUUGCAAGCCCAGCUGGCGGGCGAGCUGCUCGCUCGGGCCGGCGCGGGCCUCGGUGGUGCCUCCCACCAGACUGCACUCAGUAGGCCCUGAUGACGCGUGGGUGCCUGAUCGACCGCCGAACGCCUCACCGCUCAUAGUCUUCGUCAAUAGCAGAUCUGGUGACAACCAAGGCGUGAAGUUCCUCCGCCGGUUCAAGCAGCUGCUCAACCCGGCUCAAGUAUUCGAGCUGAGCGGCGCGGGGCCACGGCUUGGCUUGAGGUUGUUCAGGCACUUCGCGCCGCUGCGUGUGCUGGUGUGCUCGGGAGACGGCUCCGUCGGCUGGGUGCUGCAGGAGGUCGACAAGCUGGAAAUGCAUAAACAAGUUCAAACAGCAGUGCUGCCGUUGGGCACGGGUAACGACCUGGCGCGGGUGCUCGGCUGGGGUGCCUCGUGCGACGACGCCGCCAACCUCCAGGUGCUCAUAGAGCGGUACGAACGUGCCUCCACCAAGAUGCUGGACAGGUGGUCUAUAAUGACGUUCGAGCGGGCUUUGUCGGCGCCGCCGCCUCCCCCCGUCCCGCCCGACUUGCUGGAAGAAACGACGCUACUUAGAAACUUGCAGGAGAUUAUGCAGGCGGGGGAGGUAAGUUGCCUGGCGAGCUCGUCGCUGCGCGCGGGGUGCGCACGGCUGGCUGCGGCGGGGGAGCGCGCGGGCGGCGGAGCGGCGCGCGCCGCGCAUCGACUGCGGCGCGCCGUGUCGCUGCUGCUGCAUGCGCGCGCGCACCUCGCACACGACCAUGGCCGGUGCAAAUCUUGGGAGCCGCUCGAGACGACCAGUGAUAGCGAGCCGGAAGCACAGGCGGUAGCGGAGAAGGGAAGCAUUGAUAAGACUGAAAAGGAGCAGCUGAACUGGGCGGCGCGCGGGUGCGCGCUGGCGGGGCGCGCCGACAGCGUGCGGCGCGCGCUGCGCUCGCUCGUGCGCACGCUCGCGCUCCUCUACCCGCAGGUAACGCAUCCACAGGGUGUGUCACAAGACUCCGAAUCGUGUGACACGUGCGACACGUCCGCGGGGCCGGGCGUGGGCGCUGUUGAGGCGGCGGCGGAUACCGCUAGCCCGUCGGAUACUCCGGCGGAUAUUCCCGCGGAUAUACCCGUCGCGUCGCUGUCGCUGCCGGUGCCUCGUGCGUUCGCGGAUAGCCGCCGCUCGUCCGCCGCCUCCGCCGUAUCCGCCGCGUCUAUGCAACCUGACAACAUUCCAGACGUAGAUGAAGACUUAGCGAAACUAAUUAGUUCGAACCCACCGGACACAUUCACUCUAGAAGUGGACAAAGCGGACCGCAGUAAAACCAGCUCAACCUCUCCGCAGGACAGACUGUCACUAUCCAACCUCUCCUCCUGUGAUACCAGCUCCUGCAGGAACCUCUUCAGGCCAGAGGAACCGGGCCUCAACGUCAGUAGCCUCACAAUACCCAACCUAGUUGUUUCCGACGAUAGCGAUAAGCGAGACUCAAUUAUACAGGGUGACACUUAUGAAUCGGACCAAUUGACUAUUUUAGACAUCGACAAACCUUACACGGACGAUAUUCAUUUCCAAGAAAUGAACGCUCGCGUCACACCGGCCAGCGGUGAAUGCUCGCCAGAUCGGAAACUAUCUAGCGUCGACUUGGAAAUCGAGGCUAGUAGCUCCGAAGGGUCCAAUAUUAGCGACGAUUUUAGUUUGAUGUCUGAGAUUAUUGAUGCUAAACCUGGAGACAUUGAAGAAGCUGCUUGUAUAGGUCACAUAGACUCACCAGAAGUGUCAGACACUACCUACGUCAAUUCGGAAACAUUGCAUGGAGAAUCUAUCAUGGAUGAUAUUAGUUCUAUGCUCGGACAAGAAGUGCUUAUGGCUAUGAUGGGAAAGAAUGGAGAAAAUGAAACGUAUACUGACGACACAACGUUGUUCACUUCUGAUACAGUGUCAGACAUAGCAAUGGAUAGCAGAAAUCCGAGCUUAGAGAAAAACAAUGAAACGAAAUUAAAGUAUAUGUCGAAAAUGAAGAAAAAGGAGGCGGAGGGAAGGGAAGUUGAAAAAUUUGGAUUCGAAAACAGAGUAUUUUACAUCGAAAAUGCAACGAAAGUAGAGGAGCAAAUCAAAUAUUGCAGUUUAGCGCAGUUCGAAGAAGGCAAUGAUAUCGCGAGAAAAUCGUUCAGAAAACAACUGAAGAAAAGUUUAAAGAAGCGCGUUCCUGAUGACUCUAGCUUAAAGCACUUAUUGCCAAAGACUGCUGAAGAGGCUGUAAAAACUGAUGAUAGUCCUAAGCAUGCAGAUUUGAAACCUGAGUUGGAAAAAGAAAGCCUAGAUCUUCCAGCGUUUCCACAAGUAAGCGUAGUAGUAGAACCGCCAUCCCCAUCACAUAGUGAGGAUAAGAAAAGCAUUAAAACUUGCGUAAGUCGUAUGGCUUCAGUACUCAGUGAUAUCUUCGAUCAAGGCACAGAUACCCUGAGUGUUCACUCGCCGGAGCCGAGCAUAGGAACGACAAGGGAGAGAAGACAAUCAGACAAUCCGAAAUUGACAGGCUCCGAUCCCGAGUACGGCCAGUUCUUGAGUUGCUCUCCUGCUGCGACAAGAAGGAUAUCAUGCGGUAGCCUCUUUAAGCCGGGAGAACCCGAUAACAGGUUAUCAACAUCAGUAUCAUCAAUAUGGGGGGAAAGCGGCGUCAGUGGCACAGCAGGAGUCUCUUCCAAGUCAGAUGUCAGCGAAAAGUCGAAGAAACUACCCAUAAUCAACCCCCUUGUGCAGCUGCCAGCUUGGCCUCACGUCACACAAGGCUUCAUCAGCCAAUGCUUACUAGCAAAUGCUGAUGCCCUUUGCGCGGCAGUCAGCCCUUUGAUGGACCCCGAUGAGACUCUACUGGAAGGAUUUUAUGAGAGAGCUGUCAUGAACAACUACUUCGGAAUUGGCAUUGAUGCGAAAAUCACCCUGGACUUCCAUAAUAAGAGAGAAGAGCAUCCCGAAAAGUGCAGAUCGAGGGCUAGAAAUUAUAUGUGGUACGGCGUACUAGGGUCCAAGGAGUGGGUCAAUAGGACAUAUAGGCACCUCGGGCAACGUGUCCAGCUAGAAUGCGACGGCCAGAGAAUACCUCUGCCCGAAUUGCAAGGAAUCGUGGUCCUCAACAUCCCUUCUUUCAUGGGCGGCACCAACUUUUGGGGUGGUACUAGAGCUGACGACAUUUUUCUGGCGCCUUCUUUUGAUGAUCGGAUACUUGAGGUGGUAGCGGUCUUCGGUUCAGCGCAAAUGGCCGCCUCACGUCUGAUAAACCUUCAAAAGCACCGCAUCGCGCAGUGCCGUGCAGUCCAGAUCAACAUCCUGGGGGAAGAGUGUGUUCCAGUGCAGGUGGACGGCGAGGCGUGGCUGCAGCCGCCCGGCUGCGUGCGCAUCAUCCACAAGAACCGCGCGCAGAUGCUUUGCAGGUCGCGUGCACUGGAGACCAGCCUUAGGGCUUGGGACGAGAAGCAGCAGAUGAAAGCGCACGCGCUCGCCGGCUCCAGCGCCGCGGGCAGCGUCGUCAACGUACGGGACACGCUCACCGCCGCCGAGAGCGCGCAGCUACUGGCUUUGCUGGACGACAUCAACACGCUCGUCAAACAUGUCAAGCUCUCAUGUAUCAGCGAGAGUGGUGUAUCAGGAGGUGUGUCCAACGCCGUGUCGACAGCCCGCCGCGUCGCCGCCCAGGCCGAUGCGUUGCAGGACGCUGAUGGGAAACUACUACCCCCGCCGCAGCUGCGAAGACAUCUAGCUACGUUGGUUGAAAGUUGUCAGGAGUUAGUUGAGAGUGGUGGCAUCAGUGGAGCCGGUGCGGGCGCCGCGUCCGCCGUCAGGAUGCAGCUCUCGAGGUGUGAAGUGAGAGACGGACAUGCGUACUUACACGCCGAUGAGAUUCCGAAGAAGGGUGGUGCUGGCAGGUGGCUGCGCGGGCGCAGAAGCGUCUCUGAGGGGCCCACGCCCACAUUCACAGCCGCGCAGGUCCGCUCCUGGGGGGUCAAGGAAGUCCAAACAUGGCUAGAUUCACUUCAGCUCGGUGAGUACGCGGAGGCGUUCGCAAAACAUGACGUCACAGGUCGUGAAUUGCUGUCAUUGGCCAGAAGGGACUUGAGAGAACUAGGAGUGACUAAAGUUGGUCAUGUUAAGAGGAUCCUACAAGCGGUGAAAGAGCUCCAGUGACGACGGCGGGGCCGCUCCGAGGGAGAUGGCCAUCUAUAAACAGGGACUACCAAAGCUUACACCGUUAAUUGCGGGUGAAACUACUGAAACAAUUUAAAAUAUACAAACACGUUCAAAUCUGGACUCUAUUUGAAAUAAAACUAAGGUACAAUUUUGUGAAACGAGCUAGUCACAGCGUUGCCGUUUUCUGAGCAAGCGUUUCAAGUAUUUGUAAACUCAGUCAUAAAUUUUAAGAUUAUUUUUACUAUACUUUAUAAUCUACAUUUCUCGUUUCAAAAUGUUCUAAUGUAAAAAAAUGUGUAUCGAAUUUUUCUACCUCUACUAAACUCUUCUGCUUUACAUAACUGUUACUAUAAAUACAAAUAUUAUUAUAUUUUAUGGAAUAUAUUCGUUUAAAACCAGAAAAUACGUAUAAGUACGUAUAGUAGUGAACACAGGUGCAGCAAUAUCUUAUAAUAAAAAAUACGAGGUAUCGAAGCACUCGUGUUGACCCAAUUUUUGCACUUUGUCGUUUCAGCUUACUUUGUUUAAACACGAAAGCUCCUCUAACAUCGAAUUACCAAGUUACUUCAGCAUUUCAAUAUCUAUUUAUAUGUGUAUGAGCACGUUCUCUGUCCCAUGUUCUCCCAUAAUAUUUAUGAAAAUGAUUUUUACUCUUUAUUCUUAUAACAAUUUUAUAGUUCAUAUUUAUAUAUUAAACAGAUGUAUAUAUUUAUGAACCUAAGUAUUUUAAAAAGUAUUCAAUAUGUUACCCCAAUGUUAGGGUAACUCAUUAAACGACUCAUAAAAGCUUCAUAAAUAAUGAACACAUUACCUCGAUGUACGGGCAGAGGAUGUGUUAAUAUAAUAAUUGUAUUAUAUCGGGAACAUAUGCGCGAAUUUACUAGAAUGACAAAACGUUUCUUGAAUAUAAAUACCACAAAACCUUAUGACAUUUUUCAUUGCAGUUAUGUAAAUAUUAUUAAAACAGUGAACCUACUAUAAGCGAAUUUCACUUCGACAUAAAGAAAAUAUUAAUCCUUAGAUAACCAAAGUAAACCUGCCAUGUCUUGCCUUUAAACAAAAAAUCGACAAGUUAACCAAAACGUUGUGAAUUAUUACGAUGAACAAUUGAAACAACGAAUGUUUUUUUCUUCGACUUACAAUGAGAGGAACAAAAAUUGUGUCGCCGGUAUGUAUUGGGCGAUAAUUUUUGUUACCCACAUAUUUUUUCCAAUUUAAAACUAUGCCCUUGAUUAAAAGAUUUAGCUAGAAAUAUAGAUUCAGUGUUUUUCUCUUUCGGUAAUUAGAGUUGUGAAUAUUAAAUGGGUUUUUUAAUAAUACAUAUUUUUAUCUCUGAUUGCAAAUACGCGUCUUUGGAAACACCUUCAGUAUAUGUGCGGUGAUGUUAGAAGUGUCCAAUUUUCAUUAACUCUUAUUACUUUUUUAACACAUUGAAUCGAUUACCGCAGCAAUUGCUGAGAAAAAAUAUAAAACUUUAAACUGUUUUGCAUUAUAAAUAGUUAUACAGUAAUUGCUCUAUAAUAUUACAUUAGUAUAAUAAACGACACAAUGAUGUUCCAAUAGAUCAUUAUAUAAGUUUAUUAUGGGUGUUACAUUAUGAAGCUUAUUUGAUAUUUGUAAUUCUAGUUGCCGUUUACCAAAUAUUUAAUAAAAUUAUAAUCACACACGUAAUCCAAAUAAUGCACAAGAAUAAUACGGAAAAACAUACAAAAAAAUAUAUAAUGCAUAGUAAAUAGAUAUUAAACAGUUAUAAUAUUAGAUUUGUUUGCUGAGACUCGUAUUUACUGUUCUUUAAGAUUGUACUAUGAAUCAUGGGGAAAGUUUGUGUUUAAUGUAGUUUGAGGUUACCCCAACGAGUUCAUAUAGUAAUACAUAAUAUUAUUCAUAAUAAAAUUAGGUAACCAAGAAAAUUAAAGCCUUAUUCAUGUAAUAGAUAAUAUAAUUUGUAUUGUCCCAAACAUUUUAAAGAAAAUAUUACCAUAUGAUUUUAGUUUUACCCCAUAAAGUGCCAAUAACUUUUUGUAAUCUAAUGUAACACUUUACCUGUGAUUCAGUGUACAACUUUUAAUAUAUAGCACAAUAGAAAUAGCAAUAAAACUAAAUGAACCGGAUUAGACGAGCACUUGUGGUCAAUAGUUACUCUAGUUGGUUUCUUACUUUCAUAGGCCACUGUAAUGUGGCACCUAGGGAAUAGAGGACGGAUAUAUUUAGAUUAAACGAGGGAGCAGGCCUAGUUAUAGUGGUCGGAUAUUGUACUCAUAAUUAUUGGCUGGUAACAUGUAGCGAGUACGGGAGUAAAGUUAUAACAUAUGAUAGAAAUGGCAACUGUCAAAUUUAAAUGUGUUUGUUAACGAUGCCCCAAUUAACAUACCUUAUUACGUCAAAGCAUGUGAGAAUUUUUUCUUCUAACUUAUGAAAAUUUAAAAUAUACUGUGUCUAUGUAUAGUGUAUAGUGAUGUGCCCGAGCUACGCUAUGUGAUACUAACUUGAAUUCUAUUACUCUUUAUUGGAUAUUCUAAAUAAACAAGCAAUUACAUCAAGUAAUCUUAUAUUGACGUGCGCGUGUGUGACACGACGCAAUUCGUGUGUGCGUGCGUUAUUGUGAUCUAUCAUAUAUUUUCCUUUACUUUUAAUAUUUCUAGAUAAAAUGUUGCGAUCGCGUCGGUCGAGUGAAUUUCGUGCUGGUGGAUGUUUUACUGUGCUUCCAUUGAUUAAAAAUGUCUAUUUUUCUAUUUAUUUGGAGAUCUAUUUUUUCCAAACACAGUUCAGAAACAUGACAAGUUAUGAUCUGUUAAAAAUAUUUUUUUAUUUUACAGGAUAACUUAUUUAAUGUGUUACCCCAUUUAUACGUUUUCCAGUCACUCGGCUGACACGUUGGCGUCUCCUUACACGAUCUGCCUUAUAAGUGUUUUUAUAAAUAUAUCUCUACUGACUAACCAUUUUACUGUAUGUAAUUGUGUGUACAAAAGAAUGUGCGUGUCUAUACUUAUAUUUAUAUGUAUAUUUAUGAUAGUUUUGUAAUUUGUGAAACUAUAAAAUAAUCGAAAUUAGUACACGGGCAACUGAGGCUUAUGAUGCUAUAAUGGCGCGGCGUAUGCGAUAUUAUGCGAUAUUUCUUCCAUUCGUCGUUUUACUUAUGUUAAAUUAUUUUUUUAUUUGAGAUAAUAUAAUAAUUAUUAGUAGUAAUUAAGUAUGUAUUUAUUCAAGCAUUAUGUCUAUGGUUAUAUAACAUACGGCACAGUCCAAUCCAGUGUGCUUCUAUGCCUUCUACCUAUGUGUAAAAAAAAAUUAAGGCUUAAUGGAAGUACGUGACAAAUUGUUUGAAUAAAUCUAUACGUGUUAAUUUAUGUAUUUAUUUAUUAUAAAAAUCGUGUAUCUAAAGCAAUAUUUAUUAUACUCACAUUAUAAUUGUUAUACGAUUAUUAAAUUAUUAUAUGCAACAUUCCCAACUACCAAAGAUUAUUGCGAAUAAAAACGAAUAAAGCUCCAAAACUAUUCACGUAGUCUAUGGUAUAAUAUAGAAUGUUAGGGUAAAUUCGCAUCAAGAGGCAGACCGUUAAUUCAAAAAUACUAAAACUAAUUUAGUAGCCGCUAAAUUGUGAUACAUUACCAAAUGCUGUCGAGUUUAAAAAUAAUUUUGAAUCAACAGUCUUUCUCCUGAAACGAACUUACCCUUAUAUACGUCAAAUUAUUCCUUGCUUCCGCCUUGAUAUUACACCAUGAGCCAUUGUUUCAUAAACCCUCAUUGCCUGUGUAAUAUCACUUUUAUAGGUACUUAUAUUUCCGCCGUUCACAAACGGCACUUAUUGCCUUAGAUGAUUUAGUACUAUUCCAUAAUAUAAUGUAUUACAUUAGGGUCAUUGUGUAAUCGGUAUUUAUUAAAUUGAAUAGACAUUGUAUCGACAUAGUUUCUUCUACAUAUGUUAAAUACUUUUACGACGUCAACUUUUUUAUUGUAUAAAUUGAUUCUUGUAUUUUGAUAAAUUUCGAAAAUAUGUCAUAAUUUCUAAGUAUUUUAAAGAAAUUAAGGAUUCGUAUGGUUACGUACAUUGUUUGCGCGGAGACGUGUGAUCGGAUUUUUUAUUAUUUUAGCAUCGAUGUGUUUUUAAUAAAAAAAAUAUGGCUUUUCUUGUGUGAUGUAUACUCAGCAAUAAAUAAUAUUUUAAUUAAAAUUUAAUAAGUACAUGUUUAAACGGUUUGUUCUAGCUCUGAAAUGAUAUAUUCAAAUAAUGUGUAAUUUUAUUGUUUUUCCAUAGUAAAAAUAAUCAUAUCAAUAUGUUAAGUAAGCUUUAAUAUUCCCAUUAUUGAUUAAUUCGUUACAGUAUUUUACGGUUUUUCAUAAGCAAUAAGCAUUCAUUAUACGCUUCGAUUUUCUACAUUGGUGUCGUUUUUCAUUAUUUAUACAUAAUUACAUAACGGUUACGAAAACACUUCGUAGACUGAGAUUUAAAAAAGCAAACUUCAACAGUUUCCAAGCUAAAAAACACUGUUUUACGGCCUUUUAUAUCCACGACGUUUUCGUAAAUAUCUAUUAAAAAUACGUAUUACAACAUUAUCUACGUAAUUUGGAAAAAACACUGCUACAUUCAUAGAAGUGAAACAAAAAUAUGUUUUUUUUUUCUUUAACUCAAGUACACUCACUCAAUGGAAUUCGAUUCGAUUUGGAAUGGAAUUGUUUUUGGUUGGAUAUGAUGAAUAACGUAUUUUUAUGUGCUCAAAUGUAAUACAUAUGACACGCUGAUUAAUAGAACAGUUUUGAUGUGGAUUUUAUGCAUUAUGAAGGUAAAUACUCAUUUAAAUAAUCGAAAUAUUUAGACUAUCUUCUAUUAAUUUGGUACUUACCGUUCAUUUUAUUGUAUUAAGUUUUCUAGUCAUUAACAUGUUCCAUGGAUAAAUCGUACCACGUAAUUACGUUACUAUUUUAUUGUGUUCCAAAGUUAAUAGUUUAUAAUGUUCCACGAAAUGUAAGUCUUUAUUUUUGUAAUCUGUAUUAUAAAAGAUGAUUUCCUUAUUACUCUAUUUUUAAAAUCUCAACAAUUAUUUUUUAAUCAUUUAGUAAAUAUGUCCUUAAGAUAGCUAAGGCCCCUAUAUAUUAUGAAGAAGAUUUAAAGGAUCCACAGAGUCUCUCCUGCCUCUUUUAACCGACAGGAUGCACCCCACUACAUAAAGACGUCCUUGUUUAUGCAACUGAAAUCUGGGUACUCUAAAUCUUUUAUAAUACAGAUACAAAAAUAAUAUUUCCUACCCACCAAAAAAUACACACAAUCGUAUACGAAUGGAAUCAAUUAUGUAUGGCCAAAUUUGUAACGGCAUAACCAAUUAGGGGCUGGAUUCCCUAUUUGAGUAACAUUUUCGAUUUUAUGUAACAACGGUAUUAUACUAAAUUAUUACGUAAAUAUUAUAACGGAUUCCUUACUUUUGUACCCAAAGGCAAUGUAAGUAUUAUUAAUUCCAUAGGCUAGCGUUUCGACAGGAAUACGUUUUCGUUCAAUUCAAUCUGGAUUCUGAAACGAGGUUUAAUAGUCAGUAUUAGCAAAUCGCAUAAAAUGUUUGCGUAUAACGGAAUAUUUAUUAACCAAAGGUAAUCUCACGUCUAUGGAAAAAAGACCAAUCUGUCAAAAUAGAAAUCGCUAUCCAGUUUUUGAUGACCAAAAUUUCAAAGUAAUAAAAACAUUUUACCUUUUGUUAGCUUUAAAAGUUUUUAUGACUAUGACGUAAUUUUUUUUUUAAAUCUUUCUUUAAGGAGCUUGGUCGUUACUUCACGACUAUGUCGCUAUGGCGUCAUUGUUGGCAUUAUUAAAUAAUGUAUCAGAUAGGCAUGAUAUUACACUGCUACGGCAAAAUGGACUAUACUAAGUUUAUUAACAAUAUGUACCCAACUGUGUAGGCUAAAUAUAAUAUGAACUAACAAGAAAAGCUCGUUACUCUAAGUUCACCAUGUAAUAUCUGCCAAUCUGACUUGAUAUACCCCGGAACGUAACUCGAUUUAUUGGUCGAUGUAUUUUUACCCCAAAAAUCGGCUCUUACCCCAACCAUUUCCUAAAAUUAAUUUUUAAUAGUAACCGCUGCUGGAUAAUUUUAAUUUGAAUUAAUCUUUAUUUCAAUAAUAAUAUAUGUUUAAGACUGGGUUAAUGAUAAUACGUGUGUGUAAUUUUUGUGUUAAGUAUCAUUGAAAA